UCAUUCAUUAUCAUUGGUCUGAAGCAGCUCGCUGUGCCCUCCCCGGAACAACGACGCACGCCGGCGGUGACUCGUCGCUCAGCGCAGAAAGAUGGCUGCGGUGGAGCGGACCCCGGUCAGGGAAGGGAUCCGGAUAGUUGUUCUGUGUGUGUUUUGGUACACGGUGAGCUCAGGAGGCAACGUUAUCAACAAGAUAAUCCUCAAUGGAUUCCCGUAUCCGGUAACGGUUUCUUUGUUCCACAUAAUAUCCGUUGUCGUCUUCCUCCCGCCGCUACUGCGGGCGUGGGGAGUCCCCAAAACGGAGCUGCCGAGCAGGUACUAUCGGUGGUACAUCCUGCCUCUGGCUUUCGGGAAAUACUUCGCGUCCGUGUCGGCUCAUUUCAGCAUAUGGAAGGUGCCCGUUUCGUAUGCCCAUACAGUGAAAGCCACAAUGCCAAUAUGGGUGGUGCUGUUAUCAAGAAUUAUAAUGAAGGAGAAGCAAACUGUAAAGGUGUAUGUGUCGCUCAUCCCGAUCAUUGGUGGGGUUCUGCUGGCCACCAUGACCGAGCUUUCCUUUGAUGUUUCAGGAUUAAUCAGCGCUCUCGCCGCCACGCUCUGCUUCUCCCUUCAGAACAUCUUCUCCAAGAAAAUGUUGCGCGACACAGCGGUGCAUCACCUGAGGCUUCUGAAUGUCCUGGGCUUUAAUGCCAUGUUCUUCAUGCUGCCCACCUGGGUUCUAGUGGAUUUCUCUGUGUUUCUUGUGAAUGGGGAUCUGUCGGAUAUUUCGGGACGGUCGGGUACCAUUUUCCUCCUUCUCAUCAGUGGCUUCUGCAAUUUUGCCCAGAAUGUCAUUGCUUUUAGUAUUCUGAACCUCGUCAGCCCUCUCAGCUACGCAGUCGCCAACGCCACCAAGAGGAUCAUGGUCAUUAGUAUAUCUUUGCUAAUGUUGCGCAACCCGGUCAGCCUCACCAAUGUCCUGGGUAUGAUGACAGCUAUUCUUGGGGUCUUCCUCUACAACAAGGCUAAGUAUGAUGCCAACAAGCAGAAGAAGAAGCUGCCAACCAGCACGCAGGACCUCCUGUCUUUUGACAACCCGGCGCUGGAGAAGAUCCGGGCAAACGGAGCGGGGCCAUACUCCUAUGGCUCCGAACAGCAGCAGAACUGGAACAACGUGCUGACUGAUCAUUUUCAGUACAGCCGACAGGCCUACACGGCAAACUACAGCAGCAACCACCAGUUUGUGGUUUAAUGGAGAGUUUGAUCCUCAAUGCGGGUAGCUGCGCUCACACCAGCAGGUUUUUUCACAUCCGCUCCAAACUGAGACUGAAGGCAAGUGUUCUUUGUUGCGGAUAAAACAAAAAUGAGACGAGCCGAUUGUGACGUGACAGAGAAGUUCUCUCUCCAACGUCCCUCCAUGUCCACGGCAUGUUUUUUUUUCUUUUUUACAGUCUUGCUGCUCGUUUGUAUUUAUUAUGAUGCCAAUAACUGUCGAAAAACAAAAUCAGCCACUUCAGACAUUUUGGGGAGAUAUUGGGCCACACUAUCCACUCACAAAAAUUUACCACAGUAGUUCAGUUUGAAAACGCGCCGAUCAGGCCUUUCCUGGCGGAUACGAUCGCCUGCCAAUAAGUUUGGUUUGGGGUUGUUGUUUAUUGGUUUUGUUUUGAAUUUAACUGGAAAUGAAGAAAUUUAGUAGAUGACUCGAUGAUAUUAAUUAAAAGAUGAUGAUGUCUCUAGCCUUUAUUUGAUUUUUAUUAAACUAAAAAAACUAUAAAUCAAUACAUGCAGUUGGCUGAUGAGUUUGCAGGCUGAAAACAGCUAGGGUUCUUAGUUUUGAUGCAUUCAAUAUAAAUGUGGAAUGAAAUCCAAUUUGAACUGCUGAUCAUGGGAAAAACUGGACGUCCCUGACCCCUGGCACAUUGAUCGUUGUCUUUAAUCUGGGGCCAUUCAGGAUCCAGAGUUCGCCAUGUUGCAUUUGUGACAAACUAAGGCCAUGUUUAUUGGCUUUUUAUGUUUAGGGUUGUGGACUUUUUUUUCCAUCUUGAAGCAUUUGUUUCAUGAGGAGAAACAAACUGCCUUCAGUGAAUAAAUGAUGAAAACUGAGGCAGAUUACAUUUAAAGUUGGCAAUUAUUCAAAAUACUCGGCAUAAGAUUUGAUUUUCAUUAAGAUUUAAGAUAAACCGCAUUACGUUAUUAAAAUGAGCCAUGUACUAUCCAGGACCAUCCUGGUUGGUGAUUGGAGCAGAGCAGACUGGGGCACACAUAUCUGAACAUACAUCCACAUUUAAGGUGUAAAACGGACCCCUAAAAUAAGGUCAAAAUAGAAGCUUGGUGUCCUGAAUUAUAGUUUAAAAACAGAUGUUUUAGUUUCUGAUCAUUUAGAUCCUGUUUUUGUGGGGUACUUUAUGUUCUGCACCUUGUAUAAGUUCUUUAUAAGCACACCAUAAAGUUCAAAAACAUUUUAUAAAUAAUGAAGCAUUUAGUGGAAAGCAUAUCUUUUGCACCUUUAACAAACUGAGUUUCUGGAUGGCUGUGGGUACCAGAUGUCGACUCCAUUUGAUAUCUGAAAGCAAAUAUAUUCCUCCAGCGUCAGAGGUUUUCCUUCAUAAAAGUGCCUGAUGAAGAAAAAUACCUAAAAUAAGGUGUUUUGUUUGUUUCAUUGCUUCUGGGCAAAGGUUGAUGCUUGUAAAUAUUCCCACAACCAGAAUAGUUUGAGCUGCUUUUUAAUAUAAAUCUUUGAGAUCGCAGCGUUUUCACAGCUUUAAGUGAAGAGUGAGACCAAAGGUCAGUGACCUCUCACAGAUCUGUCCUGUUCCCCUGUUGAGCAGAUGUGUUAGAACAUGUUGUCCAGAUGUUUUCAUGUAAAAAAAAAAAAAAAAAAAAAAGAUUGUAGUGGAGGUUUUUAGAAAGGUGAUGUGCUGUGCAAAACUUGGGGAUUAUUAUUAUUAUUUUUUUGUUAAAAAGAAAAAUGUUUUCGUGGUUAUGGAUAAAAAAAAUCUUUAAAAUAAUGUUAUUUUUCUUUUUUUUUUAUUGGUUAUUGGGAUUUGGUAACCAGCAAAGAUUUUACGACAGUUAGAUUUUCUUUCUAGUGUCGAGCACUUCCUUUAACGCCUGAACUAAAGCUGCUCGGGUAUUUUUAUUUUUUUAACUGUAACCGGCAUCGAGUUUACACAUCUUGUAACUACUAAAUGUGAUUCUCACCUUGUUGGCUCCUGUCUCGAGAGUUGUUUAUUGAGCUCUGUGCAGACAUUACUGACGAGACGUGUCACCAGAACGACUUGGCCUGCAAAGCUCAUUUAUCCAUAACUGUCUGCUGGACGACUGUAAAGUUUCUAAUUCUCUGAAGAUAUUGAAUUUUGGGAUUUAGUAGAAAACCAUAAUCAACCAAAUUAACUGAAAUUACUGCGUAUAAUCAAUCUAUAUAAGUUGCUCCUUUUGAUAUGAAUUACUAAAUUAAAUAUUUAAAUUUAUUGUGACGCACCUUUACUUACUGUAGACCUAUGUAAUCAUACUCUGCCUGAGGUACUGUUUCAUAUUUGAUCUGGCAGAAUUUUCCUGUGUUGCUCGCGCUUCCUCAGAUGUUUUUCGUUCAAGCUUCAGACUGAUCUAGAAGGAGGCAGUUGAAUUCAGAAAGGAUUUGUGGGUAAUGAAGUUCUUAAAAAGAGACUGUUUAGUAAAAGCAGAUGAUUGGCCAGUUAUGCAGAAACACCAGAGGAAAAACAAUAACCAUAAUAAUGACUGGGACUGUUUUCUGUUGGUGUGAAUGUUGCAUAUUUGAGGCAACGUUUUGUUGUUGUUAUAGGCUUUUUUUUUUUUUUUUUAUCCUAAUUGUUUAAAAUUAAAGAGUAGUCUUGCAGAGCAUAACUAAGAGCGUCAAAAUCAUGUCUGAAUCCAUUUAGAAUUUCAUCAAAUUAGCAUUUUUAACAUUGAAUUAAAAUUUGCUGCAUUUAGUCACUGUAUAACGUAACAGUGUUGUUCACCGCCACUGCUCCAUCAAGCUGAAUACCUCAGCUUUCCUCCUAAUCCCACUCUGUUGAUGAUGAUUUCAUCUUUUCAGCAUUAGUUGAGUCAGUUCUGCGAUGGAUUAAACUUUCUUAAUCUAGAUAUGGGGAUAAUGUAGGUAAUUAUGUGAUAUGAGACACUGUGGACCAUGAGGGGACUAGAAGGGCAUUUCACAAGACAGUGUUGUAUAGCGGUUUAGUAAUAUCAUUUUGUCUCACUUUGACAGACUACACUGAACAAAACCUAAGAUUGUUCAUCAAUCAUGAAGCUGUAAAUGUACAAUUACAUCCAGAAUGUUUGGAGGGUGUUGAGCAUUUGAAAGGAGAAAUAGGUUUGAUUUAAAACUUCUUCAUUUUUUUCUUCUUUGUGUUUUUAACAUUUUUCGUUGGUGCAUCACAGAAUGAAGGUCUUGAUUGAUUGCAGGUUGCUGAGAUGUAAAAAGGCUGCAUUGUUUUGUCCUCUUGUAUUACAGCAUACCUGGACUAUGUAAAAGCAUUUUUUGGCUCUCUGUAAAGCUUUUUCACUGGGCUGUAAACAAUAAAGAGUGUAAAGGGGAUGACUCUUUGUAAAAGUUGUAUACUGAUUAUUUUUGUUGUCCUUAAUGGUUCUCGAAAUAGAAUUUGUAUGUAAACUAUGUUUAUAGAUUUUUAUUUAUGGUGUCAUGGUGCAAAAUGUACAGAGGUGCUGCAACGCACAGUCUUGUCUGCUUAUGUUUGGUAAAUAUUUUUAAAUGUUGAGAAUAAAUCAGUUCUGAAAUA